GUGCAUGCCGAGGAGUUCACUGAAAGCCUCACUAAUCCUAUCAGCUCAUCAGCUCCUCGUCCUCUGUCAGGUACAUUGGGAAGAAUGUUUUUCACACGACGCUAUGAGAGUUGUUUUUAAAGCGAGACAGUGGAUUCUUGGAUUUAUUUUACGUCUACAUGACCUCUGAAGAUUUGUAAAAUGGAUUUAUCACCAUGUUUUUUCAACAGUAUCCUCAGGAAAAGUGAUCUGAUGAGGCACAGCAAUCUCGGCCAUCUGAACAUGACAGCUACAGCAGGUGGAUAAGGACUUUGCCUCUUAUUUUUUUUUGCAUCCUUCGGUGCACUUUCUCUUACUAAGACAUAAUUAUCAUCUUCAAAACAUCGGAAAUGGGCUGCUCACCAUCUAAAGGUAACAAUUUUGGGACUUUGGGUCCUUUAAGGAAGGGUCGAAUGCUGCCUCCGGCACCUCAUGAAAGCCAGAGAGACUGUCAGCUUGAAGAUGGACCAAACUGUAACUUGAUUGAAGCUACUGAUGGAGAUACAAAGGAGAGGAAAUCAACUGGACAGGCCCAGUUAUCUCAGAAAGAGGUACUUUUGACCCCACAAAAAAAGAGAUCUGUGACUGAGCUAGCCCCUGAAGCAGUAAACAUGGACAAAUUAGAGAGUCAGGGUAAAGAUGGCAAUGCCUUGUUACAACGAAAGGAGAAACAUGGGGAGAAGCUAGAAGCGAUAGACAAAAAGAAUGCUAAAAAGACAAAGAAAAAUGCAAGAGGUGUGAAGACAGUAAAAAAGAAAGAAAAGGACAAAGACAAAUUCAGUACAGAUCAAAAAGUGGAUUUCCCAGAACCUCUGGUAAAAGCUCACCAAGCUGCUUAUGCCUUUUUGAAUCCUAGCAUAAAUAGAUAUGAUGCAUUACUUGGACUUUUGGAACAAGCAACCCAAACUCAGGUUUCUGUGCAGCCUAUGGUCGCUUUUAUGGCUUUACGUUACGCGGAAAUAAUUCAGGGACUUGAAGAAAUGGCAGAUGAGGGGGAAAAAGUGUUAAAAGAAAAUGGGGAGCAUCUUGCAUGGUCGAGCCAAAUGAAAAACCUCUCAUCUUCUCCACCUCUGAAGUCUGGCUCUGUUAAUACUGAGCCCCCACCAGAUUUGCUGCAGCAGCUGCUUCAGUACACCACACAGAGAAUGCGGAAUGUGUGCCAGACAGUUGGUGGACUUGGGGAUUCUGCUUUAGAGGAGGCGGUAGAGUACUUUGCUUCUGUCUCAGAGCUUUUAGAGGAGAAACUAAGAGUCAAACGUGCAGCCGAGGCACGGCUAUUGCAUCUUUUGUCUCGCAUUGAACUGGCCUCUCUACGCAAACCUGGACCAGAGGAUUCUGCUCUCUUUAGUGAGGACAGUGGUAUUGGGGCUGAGAGUGAAUCUCUUGCUGGAUCUGAUAGACAGCGCAGACGAAAGAGUUGUGAGUCCACUGGGACAAACAGAACUACUCCUGUCAGCCCUAUGGGAUAUAACUCUAUUAACAUUAGGCAAGGAGCCUCACGGCACACAUUUGCAAGUCAAAUAAGUCCAAGUGUUUCCCUCACAUCACUCAACUCAGUAGGUUCUACAUGUACCAUACUGGCUAAUGAACAAAGAGACUCGUUGCUGGGGUCUGUCUCCUGGGAGGGGGACGAUGACGAUGAUGAAGUAGAAGGAGGCAUGGGAGAUACACAAAUAGGUUUUAGACAGCGAUCAAAUUCGUCACCUAUGCACAGUGGACAACCACGUCGACUCCCCCCAAAGCGCAUAGAAAAUCCUAAAAAUGUAGAAAUGACUCUUAAAAUGAAAAAUGCCAUAAGUGGCAGAAUACAGUUUGUUGCAUCACCUAACGCUGGUGCCAAAACAAGGAUAGAAGGCAGCCCUAAAACUAAUAGACGUCAGUGGUCAGACGAUACAGAGCAAUAUCCAAAGCGACCUCAAACAGCUGCACCUACUCGGAAGGCAGUGGUGAAGAAGAGCCCAGUAGCCAAGCAACGCCGAACUCAGUCAGCAGAAUCACUGCGGAGCCGAGGUGAAGAUGCCACACUCCUUGAACUGGAAAGAACUCAAAAAGAUUUAAGUCAGAAGUUGCAAAGAAUGGCUAAAAGUAAGGCAGUAGGGAAUACUAAGACUGUUCCAUCUAAGCAAACUCCAAGAACCUCACCAAUGCAAUCUCCAUCACGUAAUCGCAAAAAUCCCCCAAUAGAGAAGAAUGUUCAAACACCCAAAGAUAAAACAGGCCUUACAAAAAGCAACAACAAAACACAAGAGGUAACAAGUGAUGUUGAAGAAGAUAAUAAACAAAAAGACAAGAAACCACUCAAGGGUCCUAUAAAGGCUACCCCACCUCCUAGCCCUCCUUUAUCACCACGGCCUUCUUCAGGCCUUCACCGUGGAAGGAACUCAGUCAAAAAACUGAUUGAUACAUUUAGCCAAGGAAUAGAGGAACUUGAUGGUCCUAAAGUUCUUGGGCCUCUGAAAGGUGUAAGGAAGUGUGGUGUCCCUGUGUUACCUGGUUUAGGAAAUGUGGAAGCUGUGCUUAGCAGUGGGAUAACCAGCUGUAGACCUGAAUGUGAAUCAGAGAAAAAUGAGUAUUUGGAUCUAGAUAGUCUUCCUCCACCUCCACUCGAAGUGUUAAUGGAUAAUUCCUUUGAAAGUGCCCAUAGCCUUUCAACUGGUGUAGCAGAUGAUGGGGCAACAAAAGUCAGCAAGUCACCAAUGAUAAAAAGGGCUGUCGUCUCACAGCGAUUAAGGGCCUCAGUCCAGACAGUGACUGUGCUGCCCAGUAAAGCAGGUCUGCUACAGGGUUCCAAGGUUAUUUCUCCCACUCAGGCAGCUCAGAAAGAUGCAUCAUUAUUGUCAAAGACCAGUCAGCCAGAUGUUCAACCAGAAAAUGAUGUUAAAAAGGAAAAUGAUUCCUUGUACCAGCAAGCCAGAAAGAUCAUACACCUUAGAAACUCUUCAGGCCUUCAAACUGUAAAACCAUUAAGUUUUGUAAAUCCAUCUGCCAGUCAAGAACAAUCAAGAAAUAUUGAAGAUGAUGGGAAUCCACCAGUGCCUGGACCUAGCUCUACAGUUUCUGCAGUGCCUCCUUUAGUAUUAAAUAGUCAAACACCUGCCACCCCACCAGUGUCAAAGGUGCGAAUGUUACCAUCUACACCCUCUACACCUAGCAGUUUACAUCGAAGACUUCCCAGUCCCCAGAACUUCAGAAGGCAACCUACUCCACCCUCCUCAGCUAGCCCCCCUACCAACAGGAAACUUCCCACACCACCAGCAGUUCAGAGGAGACUCCCCAGUCCACCUGUAGGAAAGCACAACAAUUUAAACUCAAACUCAGUCUCUGCAUACCCUUUCAAAGCUCCAUCACCACCUGCUUCUCCAAAACUACAAAGGUGGUCGAGAGAAAACAGCAGCGAAGACUUAUCUAGUGCUCGAAAAUUCAGCAAUGCACGUUCUGUCUUCUGUCCUGCUUCACCAUCCCUGUUUGAGGCCCAACCCAGCCCGGGUCCCCAACCCCCUCAAGCGUGGACAUCUGCUGGGGUCUCUUUCCUCUCUCGUUCUUGGGGGAGCCGUGGACGGUUUCCUGUAUCUGUGCAAGGACCUCGGCCAUUUAUCCGACGGAGCCAUUCGGACCGGAGGCCAAGUUUGAGCCUGCCAUUACGGUCGCCUGGCAUCUCAGUGGCUGAGACAUGUGGGAGUGAACCAACAAUAUGUUCCCAGGGGCUGGAUGAUGAACCAACCAGGGAGGAUGAUCUAUGGGGUAGCCAAUCAGACCUCAGAGCCACACCACGCUCUGCAUCCCAUCCAGACCUGUGUGUUGUUGGACAGGGCUUGCACAGAGACUAAAAGGGGCCAAUGAAAGGCCAGUGGGAUUAUGGAUUACCAGGUUUUACCAGGGAUUUAAGGUGAUGCUGUUUAUUCCACUGCGACGAGAGGAAGAGCUAAUUUCAUCCUGCCUGUGGUGCCACACCUCACAAUGUUUAUAUGUUUAUAUGUUUAUUUCAGAGGUUUAUGUGCAUCCAUAUUUUUGGCCAUGUAUUCUGUAUAUAAUAUUCCUAGAGUUAUAUGUUCACAUUUUGUAAGGACGUCACAGGUUGUCAUCAAUAUGUCAGGUGGUUGGUUGGAUCAGUGUCUUUCGAAACAUUCAUCAAUUUGCAAAACAGAAAAAAAUAAGAUAAAACUUUUCAAGUUUGCAAUUGUUUGGUUUUGGAAAAUUAAUGAAAAAUGACUUUUUCAGUGGUUUGACAUUUUCCUCUGCUGUCAUUUUUUACUAGUAAAAUAUGUGGCCAACUCCCAAACAAUUUAUUCAGGUGUUGCCUGGCAGUCUUUUUAUUUCUGAAUUGUUAUGAUUCUGUGUUUCUUGAUUUUUUAUUUUAAGUAUUUUUAAUAAAAAGAAAUGGCUAAUACAAUUA